GAGGCGACGGCGCAGGCCUGGGCGCGCGCCCCUUCCCCUCCCCCCACCUCCCCCCUUUCCAACCACAAUGAGCUUCUAAGAUGGCGGUUGGCCCGCAGGCGCCGAGAUAAUUCUUGAUUAAUGGGACAGCAUGGCCACCGGAGGAGUUCCUUUUGAAGAAGGCAGGAAUGGUCAAGAUUUGCCAAGCUGGAGUAACGAGAGUGUGGACGACCGGCUAAACAAUAUGGAUUGGGGUGGCCAACAAAAGAAAGCAAACAGAUCAGCAGAGAAAAACAGGAAGAAAUUUGGUGUCGAGAGUGAAAAGAGGGUAAUGAAUGACAUUUCCCCUGAGUCGUCCCCAGGAGUUGGACGGAGAAAGAUGAGGACUCCUCACACCUUUCCUCACAGCAGAUAUGUGACGCAGAUGUCUGUUCCCGAGCAGACAGAACUGGACAAGCUGAAGCAGCGGAUAAAUUUCAGUGACUUAGAUCAGAGGAGCAUCGGAAGCGACUCCCAAGGCAGAGCCACAGCUGCUAACAACAGACGUCAGCUUGCGGAAAACAGGAAGCCGCACAACUUUUUGUCGAUGCAGAUUAAUACAAACAAGAGCAAAGAUGUGGGCACAAGUCCUCAAACAAGGGAGAUGAGUGGGUCGUCCCAGUGUAAAGAGCUAUUUGCAUCUGCUUUGAGUAAAGAUCUUUUACAAAACUGUCAAGUCUCCGAGGAAGAUGGGAGAGGAGAGCCUGCGAUGGACAGCAGCCAGAUUGUGAGCAGGCUGGUUCAGAUUCGGGACUAUAUUGCCAAGGCUAGUUCCAUGCGGGAUGAUCUGGUAGAGAAAAAUGAGAGAUCCGCCAAUGUUGAGCGCCUCACACACCUUAUAGAUCAUCUCAAAGAGCAAGAAAAGUCCUACCUGAAAUUUCUGCAAAAGAUGCUUGCCAGAGAUCCUCAGCAGCAGCCCAGGGAAGAGCUGGAGAGCUUGAAGAAACAACAUGAUUUGUUAAAAAGAAUGUUACAGCAGCAGGAGGAGUUGAGAGCUUUACAAGGAAGGCAGGCAGCUCUCCUGGCUCUGCAGCACAAGGCUGAGCAAGCCAUCUCUGUAAUGGAUGAUUCUGUUGUAACGGAAACCACGGGUAGCAUAUCUGGCAUCAGUAUAACAUCGGAGCUCAAUGAAGAGCUGAAUGACUUGAUCCAGCGUUUUCAUAAUCAGCUGCACGACUCCCAGGCCCCAGCUGUUCCAGAUAAUAGGAGACAAGCAGAAAGCCUUUCAUUAACCAGGGAGGUUUCCCAAAGCAGGAAUUCAUCUGUCUCAGAACAGCUGUCUGAUGAAAAAGUUCAACUUUUUACCAAAAUGCGAGUGUUACAAGAAAAGAAACAGAAAAUGGACAAACUGCUUGGGGAACUUCACACACUGCGUGAUCAGCACCUCAAUAACUCUGCUUUUUUGCCCUCACCUUCCCCUCAGAGGAGUGUGGAUCAAAGGAGCAGCGGUUCAGCAGCCUCUGCCCCAGUGGGCUUGGUCCCAGCUGCCAACGGAGAGCCCUCCAGUCGUGCCCCCUCAUCUGCUUAUCCGCCUGAUGCGCUGGCUUCUCGGAAUGAGAGUGAAACUGAAGAGCACCUGAACCCGACGGAGAAGCUCCAAAAAUUGAAUGAAGUUCGGAAGAGACUGAAUGAAUUGAGGGAAUUAGUUCAUUAUUAUGAACAGACGUCAGAUAUGAUGACCGAUGCUGUGAAUGAGAACACCAGAGAUGAAGACGAGACGGAAGAAUCUGAAUACGACUCGGACCACGAGAACCCUGGGCCCAUCACCAACAUCCGGAACCCCCAGGGCACUGCAGGUUGGGCCGAAGUGAACAGUAACAUGAACGCACAGUGCGUCGUCAACAACAGGGACGGGAGAAGCCUGAACGCCAACUGUGAGAUCAACAACAGAUCCGCCGCAAACUUGCGCCCCCUGAACGUGUCCUCCUCUCUCGAGUGCCGAUAUAACAGAGAGGGAGUACAAGAUCUCGGUGGAGGACAGGGGGAGGAUGAGGAGGAGGAGGAAGAGGCUGAAGAGGACGGAGGCAGCGAAGCGUCAUUAUCCACUCACAGAAGCAGCUUGGGGGACGAUGCCCCCGAGGACCCUGACUUUGAACAGAAGGUCAGCAGGCUGAUGGCUGCUAAGCAGAAGCUGAGACAGUUACAGGAUCUGGUCACUAUGGUGCAGGAGGACAAUGGUGAGCCCGGCGCCAUCUCAGCCAGCACAUCUCACCUGGAGGACUUCUUCCCAGUGGAGGAGCCGGAGGCCAGUCAGCACUCCAAUAACGUGAGAGCCAGCAGCAGUAAGGCGCAGGAGGCCGGGCUCAACGACAAGGCGAGAGAGAAGUUCUAUGAAGCCAAAUUGCAGCAGCAGCAGAAAGAACUCAAACAGCUGCAGGAGGAAAGAAAGAUGCUGAUUGAGAUUCAGGAGAAAAUCCAGGCCCUGCAGAAGGCGUGUCCUGACCUCCAGCUUUCUCCUGCCAAUGUGGGUAACUGCUCCUCUAAGAAGCACGUGCAGGCGCUGACCUCCACACCAGCUGUGAAUGAGCGUGACAACAGCCCUGCCCACAAAGCAGGCUUUGCAGCAGAAGAACCAGCUGGGGCAGUGGGGGCAGAUAACGAGCUGUGGUCAGAAAUGCGAAGACAUGAGAUUUUAAGGGAAGAAUUACGACAGAGAAGAAAGCAGCUGGAAGCCCUCAUGGCUGAGCACCAGCGGAGGCGAGAUUUAACGGAGACGGGGUCCACAGCCGCCGUGUCAGUCAGGAGCGAUGUCUCUGAGAAUCCGUGCACCCCGCGGCAGAGCAGAACGGAGAAAACAAUGGCAACUUGGGGAGGUUCUACCCAGUGUGCCCUGGAUGAAGAAGGCGAAGAAGACGGGUACCUUUCUGACGGAGUCACUCAAGCAGAAGAGGAGGAGGAGGAGGACGCCAGCUCCAAUGAUGGCUUUGCUGUGUAUCCUCCUAAUGGCGUGACUCAUAAUCCCCGUGGGGCCAAGGAGGACAAGGCUAGGUGGAAGGCCAGCCGUCCUCUCUCUGCAGAUGGAAAUUACCGUCCCCUGGCCAAGACGAGGCAGCAGAACAUCAGCAUGCGGCGGCAGGAGAACCUUCGCUGGGUGUCAGAGCUCUCGUACGUCGAGGAGAAAGAGCAGUGGCAGGAGCAGAUCGGCCAGCUCAGGAAGCAGCUGGACUUCAGCGUCAGCAUCUGCCAGACUCUGAUGCAGGACCAGCAGACCCUCUCGUGUCUGCUGCAGACUCUGCUCACGGGACCCUACAGCGUCAUGCCCAGUAAUGUGGCAUCCCCCCAGGUCCAUCUGAUCAUGCACCAGUUAAACCAAUGCUAUACUCAGUUAACAUGGCAGCAGAGUAACGUUCAGAGGUUGAGACAGAUGCUGAGUGAACUGAUGCGCCAGCGUGAGCACCAGCCUGAGAAGGCAGGCAGGAAGGAGCGAGGCAGCAGCGCGCCACCGCCCCCCUCACCGGCUUUGUUCUGUCCCUUCAGCUUCCCUGCCCAGCCCAUGAGUCUCUUUAACCUCCCGGGAUUUUCCCAUUUCUCUUCAUUUGCACCAGGUAUGAAUUUCAACCCUUUGUUUUCAUCUAACUUUGGAGAUUUGGCACAAAACAUCCCUCCACCCGGUGAGCAGCAGCCACAACCAACAGAUCAGAAUAUGCCAGGGAAAACUGAGUAUGUGGCAUUUCCAAAACCCUUCGAGAGCAGUUCCUCCACUGGAGCCGAGAACCAAAGAAACCAAAAGCAGCCUGAAGAGGAGGUGGAAAGCAGUCAACCGGCCUGGCUGUUUGAGCAAGAAGGGGGUCUCGAGAAGCCAUUCGUCAAGACUGGAUUUGCAGCGUCUGGGCAGAAAACUGCCCACGGCGAUCGCCCAGGUCAGCUCGAGGCCAGCCAGAGAAGGCGGCAGUUCGACGAAGAGUCCUUGGAGAGCUUCAGCAGCAUGCCCGACCCCAUAGACCCAACCACAGUCACAAAAACGUUCAGAACUCGGAAGGCAUCUGCACAGGCCAGCCUGGCCUCCAGAGACAAGACCCCCAAGUCAAAGAUGAAGAAGAAGGCUUCUGCGCAGCUGAAAGCUAGAGUGAAAAGCACCAGGUAUGAAAGUGCCAGUAUGUCUAGUACGUGUGAGCCUUGCAAGAGCAGGAACAGGCAUGCAGCCCAGACCGAGGAGCCUGUUCCAGCAAAAGUAUUCAGCAGAAAGAAUCAUGAGCAGCUGGAAAAAAUUAUAAAGUAUAGUCGAUCAACAGAGAUGUCCUCAGAAACUGGAAGUGAUUUUUCUAUGUUUGAAGCUUUGAGAGAUACUAUUUAUUCUGAAGUAGCAACGUUGAUUUCUCAAAACGAAUCCCGUCCUCAUUUUCUCAUUGAGCUUUUCCAUGAACUCCAGCUACUUAACACAGACUAUUUGAGACAGAGGGCACUGUAUGCACUGCAGGACAUAGUCAACAGGCAUAUUUCUGAGACUAAUGAAAAAGGAGGUGAAAAUGCCAAAUCAGUGAAUUCUACUACUUGGAUAGCCUCGAACUCAGAACUUACUCCCAGUGAAAGCCUUGCCACUACCGAUGACGAAACUUUUGAGAAGAAUUUUGAAAGAGAAACCCAUAAAGUCAGUGAGCUGAAUGAAGCCGAUAAUGCCAGUACCUUGUCUACAUCUUCCAACUUUGAGCCCUUUGCCACCGAUGAUCUUGGCAACACCGUCAUCCACUUGGACCAAGCAUUGGCUAGGAUGAGAGAGUAUGAGCGAAUGAAAAUUGAGGCUGAAAGUGACCUGAGCGCGGAGAGUGCUGGGGCCACCGCCUCUGCUGUCCCCGCCGCCGCUGCCUCCGUCACCACCGCUUCCACCUUAGAAGAAUCUACAAAGCUGGAGAAUCGGGGCACGCCACAAGGUCUUGGAGAGGUGGCUGCCGUCCCUUGUCCUCGGAUCGACACUCAGCAGCUGGACCGGCAGAUCAAAGCCAUUAUGAAGGAGGUCAUUCCAUUUCUAAAGGAGCACAUGGACGAGGUGUGCUCUUCGCAGCUGCUGACCUCCGUGAGACGGAUGGUUCUGACCCUGACCCAGCAAAAUGACGAGAGCAAAGAAUUUGUGAAUUUCUUUCACAAGCAGCUGGGAAGCAUACUGCAGGAUUCACUGGCAAAAUUUGCUGGUCGAAAACUGAAGGACUGCGGCGAGGACCUGCUGGUGGAGAUAUCUGAAGUGUUGUUUAAUGAGCUGGCUUUCUUCAAGCUCAUGCAGGAUCUGGACAGUAACAGCGUCUCUGCCAAGCAGCGAUGCAAGAGGAAAAUGGAAACCACCGGCGUGGUGCCAUCGUACGCAAAAGAGGCCAAACGAGUUCUUGAGGGAGACCUCGGCUUGCCUGCUGGACAAGUGGAUGAUGAAGACAAAGACAGGGACGAGACGGAGACAGUGAAACAGCCUCCGCCGCUGCUACCACUGCCUGAGGUGUACGAUGGCGGUGAGGCCUCUAAGAACACGAGGUCUGACGUGUCUGAUCAGGAGGACGAUGAAGAGAGUGAAGGAUGCCCCGUGUCCAUUAAUUUAUCCAAAGCGGAAACACAGGCUUUGACCAACUAUGGGAGCGGAGAAGACGAGAAUGAGGACGAGGAGAUUGAGGAGUUUGAAGAAGGGCCUGUGGAUGUCCAGACGUCCCUGCAGGCCAACAACGAAGCGACCGAGGAGAAUGAACAGGACCAGGUUCUACAGAGUGAAUUUGAGAAGCCCGUGGACAGAGAAGGGCUCCCACGUGAGCAGGAACCUCCUAAUGGCCAAAGCAGCCAGAGAGGGGCCCGCGACGACUCUCCCGCCAUGCCGUGCUACCUUAACAUCUUGGACAAAGAGCAGUCCCUCGGCCCACCCCCUGUGGAGUCCCCCCUGCCCGGCAGCGGGCCCCAACAAGAGCCGAAGCCGUCUUUACCCAUCGCCGAGGCUGAGGCCUCUGUGCCCAGAAGCACCCAGGCAAAAUCUGCUUCUGACACUCCUGAGAGCUCGGUGGCCGGAAGUCCUGACACUGAAUCGCCGGUGCUAGUCAAUGAAUAUGAAGCAGGAUCUGGUCAUUUAAGUCAGAAGUCUGAUGAGGAGGACUUUGUCAGAGUGGAGGACUUGCCCCUGAAGCUGACCGUUUAUUCUGAGGCAGAUCUGAUGAAGAAAAUGGCAGCAGAGGAGCAGAGUAACCAUUUAUCUGAGGAAAUACUAGCCGUGACUCACAGUGAGGAAUUGGCCGGGGACCCUCAGACCCUGAAGGAGCCUGGUGAGGGGGCCAGUCCUCCGUGCGAUCUCUGACCAGCCUUGGGCUUCGCUGCUUCCCGGGAAUGCCUCCGCGGGAGCCACCGCCCCUCCUCACUGGACUGCCCACAGCGCGUGAGAGACGCGCGGGUGCCUGCCUCCCCCUCCCUCCACCAGUGCAUACCUUCCCAGGGCACACUAACUACACAUGUUUCCAUCUGUAUAAAAAUGUACAUCAGUGUGUGACCUGCUGCCUUAGAACUGGGACGCUCCCCUCCUCCGCUCAGGCAGGUCGCACGCACGGUGCAGCGGCGGGAUCCUCCCAAGAUUCGAGGCUUGCUUCUCUUUUUUAUUUUUUCAUUGUGAUUUGUUUAGUAACUUUAAACUUAAAAUGUAGUUUUAAAUAAAGUUUGGACUUGUCUGUA